AUUCGGCUGAGAGUAGAAAAGUUCUGCAGCAGGUUAUCUUUUGAAUCUAAAAACCGGAAUACAAAACGAAAAAGGAUCGACAGCUAAUAAAUACACCAUUGUCGAGCCUUUCGUUUGUGUUAAUAUAUCGAGAGGAGAAAAUAUGAAGUGCACAAUUCCCGAAAUUUCCUGGCACAAUCGUGGCCCAGUCCUCAGUGUUGAUAUACAAGUUGGUACCUGCAAAUCACCAGCAGGCGAAAGUUUUUGGAGACUGGCUUCUGGUGGUGCCGAUUCACAUGUUUUGAUCUGGCAUGUUACGCUAAACGAAGCCGGUGAGGCGAUAGUUUCUUGUGUAGCAGAUUUAGAAAGGCAUCAAAGAACGGUCAACGUCGUUCGCUUUUCACCGUCUGGAGAAAUAUUGGCAUCCGGCGACGAUGAGUCUGCGAUUAUACUUUGGAAGCAACGAGAAGGAUUGGAAAUUCCACUCGUUUCUGGAGACGAUAUUCAAAAUAAAGAACAGUGGAAUUCUUGGAAGGUUCUUCGAGGCCACAUCGAGGACAUAUACGAUUUAAGUUGGUCACCCGAUUCAAAUUUAUUAGUUUCCGGUUCCUUAGAUAAUUCCGUCAUAUUAUGGAAUGUUCAAAAAGGCAAGAAAAUCAGUAUGCUCACCGACUAUACCAAAGGCUUCCCUCAAGGAGUAACGUGGGAUCCUGCGAAUAAAUACAUUGCCACCAUAAGUUCGGACAGGCUAUGCAGAUUAAUCGACGUUAAUACAAAAAAAACAGUGCAGCGCAUAGGUAAAUCGAAAAUGCCUACAGCCGCAGGACAUCCACUCGAAGGAAAAGUCGUUCGUUUAUUUUAUGACGAUACUUUUAAAUCUUUCUUCAGAAGAUUAACGUUCACACCAGAUGGAUCGUUACUCAUUGUACCUUCAGGUAUUAUCGAGCCACAAGAAUCGACUGAAAAAAUAGCAAAUUGCACAGUCGUUUUCUCCAGAUACAAUUUAAAGGAACCAGUGGCAAUUCUUCCGUCUCUCGAUGAAGUAACAAAUGCUGUGAGAUGUUGUCCGGUUUACUUCGAACUCAGAGAUGAUGGGCCUACGUCCAUGAUAGCCCUACCAUAUAGAAUAAUAUUUGCCGUUGCAACGGAUAAUUCAGUUAUAAUUUACGAUACCCAACAAAUUGCUCCUAUCGCUGUUAUUUCUAAUAUUCAUUAUACCCGAUUGACGGACAUUACUUGGUCCUCAGACGGGAGAUUAUUGAUAGCCUCGUCGUCCGACGGAUAUUGUUCGAUAAUAAAUUUCCAAGAGGGUCAAUUAGGCAAAAUUUAUAAAAUAACUGAAGAAACAUGUAGAGUCGAGGCGAAGGAUGAAGUUAGGGAAGAUAAAAACGACAAGACGCUGUUAACGCCAGCACCGUUUAUAGAGCUUGAUGUUAAUGCCGUCGACAUCGAUAUUUUACAACAAAAAAAUAUUGACAAUGAUAAUAACGAGAAGGCAGGUAAAAUGGACGUGGAGAAUACAAAGAAUGUGCAGGACACUGAUGAAACGGAAGAUUUUCAAUUAGUUUUAGAAGACACGGUGGCAGAAAAUCUUAAACCAAAUGUAAAAGCCACUCCUCCAAAGACUGAAAAGCCACCGACAAUGAUCUCGGCAAGAACACCACGUAGGGUGCAGCUAAUAACAUUAUCAAGUCCAAAAAGAACGAAAACCGAAUGAAUUUUUAAUUGUUAAAAAUA